AUGAAGCACUGGAUAGCGAUGUGGCAGCUAUUAGCCCUUAGUACUGUAGUAUUAUCAGCUCAGACGACUGAUGGAAGAUAUGAGAAUGUGAACGUGAGGCAGGAUUGGUGGGAAACUGCAGUGCUAUAUCAGAUAUAUCCAAGAUCCUUCAUGGAUAGCGAUGGAGAUGGUGUGGGAGACCUAAAUGGAAUAACAUCAAGACUAGAGUAUCUCAAGGAGUUAGGGGUCGACGCCGCAUUGCUGUCACCAAUUUUCAAAUCUCCAAUGCACGACUUUGGUUACGACGUAUCAGAUUAUUAUUCUAUCCAACCUGAGUAUGGAACCAUGGAGGAUUUCGAACAACUUCUCAAAAAAGCAGGAGAACUAAACAUGAAAGUUAUUCUAGACUUUGUACCGAACCACUCCAGUAAUGAGAGCGACUGGUUUAUUAAGUCGUCGAACAGAGACGAGUACUAUAACGACUGGUAUAUUUGGGAGAAUGGUCACUUGAAUGACCGCGGUCAGAGGAGCCCGCCGAAUAAUUGGAUCAGUUUAUUCAGAAAAAGCGCUUGGACAUACAUGCCGUCUCGUGAUCAAUACUACUUCCAUCAGUUCGGAAGCAGUCAGCCUGAUUUUAACUUUAGAAACCCUGUCGUUGUUGAAGAGAUGAAAAACAUAGUAAAAUUCUGGUUAGAAAAAGGAGUGGCUGGAAUGAGAGUGAAUUCUGUCAAUCUUUUCUUUGAAGUUGACAAGGAUGUAUAUGGUGGAAGGUAUCCCAAUGAACCAAUGACUGGUAAACCGAAUUUGGGUCCAGACGACUAUGGGUUCUUAGACCAUGUGUACACUAAGGAUCAAGAAGAGACUUAUGACAUGGUGUCUCAACUACGAGAUGUGUUCGAUGCUAUCGCUAUAAGGGAUAAUUUGACAAGAGUAAUGAUGACAGAGGCUAGUACGAAUAUAAAAAAUGCAGUGAAAUACUACGGCGAAGGCAUUCACACUGGUGCUCAUAUUCCAUUCAAUUUGGCUCUCAUCGCGGAUCUAGACAAAGACUCAGACGCUAGGGACAUUAAGUACGCGGUUGAUAGAUGGCUCACGUACAAACCUUUGAAGAAACAAGCCAACUGGGUGACUGGAAAUCACGACAAGAGCCGAGUAGCAUCAAGGUUCAGGCCCGAACUAGUGGAUGCUUUCAACAUGCUCGUUCUAUUACUACCUGGGAUUGCUAUCACCUACAUGGGCGAAGAAAUAGGAAUGGUAAAUGGAUUCGUGCCGUGGAGCGAGACGAAGGAUCCUCAAGCCUGCAAUACGGACGACCCCGUUAAUUUCAUCGAAGUGUCCCGCGACCCCGUCAGGACCCCGUUCCAGUGGAGCAGCGGAAAACACGCAGGAUUUUCAGCUGCUGAUACGACAUGGUUGCCGGUAGCAGAAGGUUUUGAACAAUUGAAUGUAGCCGCUCAGAGAUCUGCAGUACGUUCUCAUUACCAAGUUUAUCGAACUCUGACCAAUUUGCGCAUACGACCGGCAUUUAGACUCGGCAGAUUCGAGUCCUUGGCACUGAAUAGCGACGUGUAUGCUUUUAAAAGAUGGUACAAUGAUGACACCUACAUCGUUGUUAUGAAUGUUGGAAAAGUGUACCACGUGGUCAAUCUGACUGCUUUUGACUUGAUAUUUGGCCAGUUAGAAGUUGAGGCUAGCAGUGUACUCUCUUCCAGAACCUAUAGUGAUAGCGUGCAAGCUAAUUACUUGGAUUUGGCAGCUGAUGAAGCCCUGGUACUUAGAAUGCAGGUUUGA